CUUGUGUCACUGGCGAUGGACGGUACCACGGGUGCUAUUCAGGAUCGAGUUCGCCAGCGCUAUACGGCUAAUGCUCACAGUAUGAUGUACCAAAUGAACGCUUUCUCAUCGCUCUAUCUGUUGGUUGGCUUGCUUCUCACCGGUGAAUUGCUCUCUUUCAUGGCAUUUGUGCGCAUUUAUCCGAGUGUCAUGCUACAGAUGAUCAUCUUAGCAAUUGCGAGCGCAGGAGGACAGUACUUCAUCUUCAAGACGGUGGCCGAAUUUGGCCCAUUGACUUGUUCUAUUGUGACGACCACUCGUAAGCUGUUUACGAUGCUCGGCUCGGUCGUUCUGUUCGGCAAUACGCUCACUCAGCGGCAGUCGGUUGCCACUGCGAUCGUGUUCAUCGGCUUACUUCUCGAUGCCAUUGAGAGUAAAAAAAAGAAAAAAGUGAAACAGCAACCAUGCGAACACAAUCGCAGUGGAAUCGAAUUUCAACAUUAA